ACGCCUGGAAAACCGGGUCUGGAGGGAUCUCCUGGGCAUCGAGGACCCAUUGGCCCUAAAGGCAGCAAAGGCCAGGCAGGUGCACCAGGCGAUGCCUGCAAGAUCCCUCAGUCGUCCUUCUCAGUGGGACGUCGCAAGUCCCUGCAUAGCGUGGACUACUACCAGGCGCUGGUGUUUGACACGGUGUUCGUCAACCUGUACGAGCACUUCAACAUGUUCAAGGGCAAGUUCUACUGCUACGUGCCAGGAAUCUACUUCUUCAACAUCAACAUCCAUACCUGGAACUUUAAGGAGACCUAUCUACACCUCAUGCACAACGACAAGGAACAGGUGAUUCUGUAUGCACAGCCCAGCGAGAGGUCCAUCAUGCAGAGUCAGAGCGUCAUGCUGGAUCUGGCUCUGAAUGAUGAGGUCUGGGUCCGACUCUACAAGAGGGAGAGGGAGAAUGCCGUUUACAGUGAUGACGUAGAUGUUUACAUCACCUUUAAUGGAUACCUAGUGGCAACUAGCAUCCAGUGACAGAGGAAAUAACGGGAGGAUUGGCAAAAUAUCUGGGUCGGAUUAUUUAGUCUUUUUGCCAUGGAUGCUGCUUUGUGCCACGAACUUAGAGGAUAUUACAAGUUUGGUGCUUCUUAAAGUAUUCUUUUCAGUCUGGAGAAGAACAUAUUUUGCUUUCUUAAAUGAGAAGACUGCCCAAAAAAAUUUGAAUCACAAGGAACAACAAAAAGGCAAAGGUAGCACAGUACACAAUUAGGAAAGAAUGUUAAAUCACUUUUGUUACACUAGAAUACAUUUGUGCAAAGUAAAUAUUCUUCCUAGUUCUGUGCUGGGCCAGUUUACCUCUUGGAUCACUCCGUUCAGGGACUUUGUGUAUAAACACAAGUUUUACCACUUAUAUUUUGGGCUAUGAUACUUAUUGACAUAGACAGAGUAUCUUUCAGAUUAAAAGGUUAUUGGACACACUGCCGUCAUUCCUUUAACAGAUGUUUCUAUUGUGCCUUUCAGAAGAACAUUUUAAAAGGUCAGUUCACUCUAAUCACAAAAAAUGUCCCACUUACCCAUGAUGAUGUGUAACCAUGCAAAUAGUUUCAGAUUUUGCAGAAAGAAUCAUGACGCAUGUAUAAAGAUGUUAUAAAGUGAAACAUUAAGCAACUGUAGGAAAUUUGAAAACAUUACUUUUGUCUGACAAAUCUUUUUUCCCCACAGUUAGUUUCUAUAACUUUACAUUUGCUCCAAUGACAUAAGUGAUGGAGCAUUAUGCUGCUGCAGGUGUUGGUAAGAGCAUUUUGGAUUAGGUCUGCUCUUCUGGUGUCUCCUGUGAGUCAGAUCCUGCCCCUCACAUGUCAGCAGUUCUAAUCACUGAAUCUCUUCCUACACACACCCUGAUCUACCAAACUCAAAGACUUAACUAUUAAGAUGAAGGAAAUUUUGUUUGUGGUGAUAAAUGUAUUAAAAAUGACAUUUAAAAACCUCAGCAGCAAUGUCUCUUUCCAGAAACUGGAAUGUGGUUGUUCAGAAUCUGUAGAAAUCAGUGACAACAGUUUUCAUUAGGAUAUUUUUUAUGAAAGCAAACAUUGCAGGGAAAAAUAUCCAGAGCUGAACCUGUAAAAACAAAAACAAAACUAUUUGCAUAGACAGGGAUAAGUGGGACAAACAACACAUUUUGUAUUUUUGAUCUUCUGGUACGUCCCAACAUUACAAAAUAAUGGAAACUAUGGUGCUUAAAAAUCAAAUGCACGAAUGCACAAGGUUUUUGAUGAUUAAAUAUGUUUUCUUAUGGAGAUUUCAAACUGCGGAGCAGUUCAUGUAAAUAGCUGUAUAGUAGCUUUCCUUAUAGCACACAAUAAAUCUAUGCUACAAUUCAUGCUGUUGUGGCUGCUGUGUAUGUACUGUUUGGAUGUGUAAACAAUAGUUCCUCCUUUGCUAACCAAGUUUCUCUUUGUUCUGUAUCAGUGAUGAGCAAAAACACACCUGAUUAUAAUAAAUUGUC